AUUCCUCGGCCCAACUGAGAGGAACAAACUCCGACACUGUGUUCUGCGUUAAAGGAGCACCUGUUGUAUUUUCCUGGCACUUUAUAGAGUAAUGUUUUUGCAGGGCAGAAUUCACGUGUGUUGUUUUUCAGCGGUCAUUAAGAACGGGUGUCAAGUCACUGCCAGGCUGCCUGAUUAGGACCAAAACGUCCUAAACGCCGAACUCCAUUGAGGACAUGAGCAAUUGUAACUCAAAAUGCUCUAGCUGGACUUGAACGUGUGGCUCGUUGGCUCCCUGGAUGAUGAAGCGGGUCGUUUGGCUGAUAUCAGGAUUAAACAGAAGAAUGAUGAAGCUCCUUUUUGCCCUUGCUUUGAUCGCCUACAUUGCCUCUGUCUGGGGAACAUACACGAACAUGAGGUCAAUACAAGAAAACGGAGACAUGAAGAUUAAGAAGAGGAUUGAUGAAGCUGUGGCUCCUCUCAGAGAGAAGAUUCGUGAUCUUGAACAAAGUCUUUCUCAGAAAUACCCUCCUGUCAAAUUCCUGUCAGAAAAGGAUCGGAAGAGAAUUUUGAUUACUGGAGGUGCUGGUUUUGUGGGUUCCCAUCUGACUGACAAACUGAUGAUGGAUGGCCAUGAGGUAACUGUGGUGGACAACUUCUUCACAGGGAGGAAAAGAAAUGUAGAGCACUGGAUUGGCCACGAAAACUUUGAGCUCAUCAAUCACGAUGUGGUGGAGCCUCUCUAUAUUGAAGUGGACCAAAUCUAUCACCUGGCGUCUCCUGCCUCUCCUCCCAACUACAUGUACAAUCCCAUCAAAACUCUGAAGACCAACACCAUUGGCACUCUUAACAUGCUUGGUCUAGCCAAACGUGUAGGCGCCAGACUUCUCCUGGCUUCUACGUCUGAGGUUUAUGGAGAUCCAGAGGUGCAUCCACAAAAUGAGGAGUACUGGGGGCACGUGAACCCUAUUGGUCCUCGAGCAUGCUACGACGAGGGGAAACGUGUAGCAGAGACUAUGUGUUAUGCCUACAUGAAACAGGAGGGAGUUGAGGUGAGAGUGGCAAGAAUCUUCAAUACCUUUGGCUCCCGAAUGCACAUGAACGAUGGACGUGUUGUCAGCAACUUCAUCCUGCAGGCUCUACAGGGUGAACCUCUCACUGUGUAUGGUACUGGUUCCCAAACAAGAGCCUUUCAGUAUGUAAGCGAUCUGGUGAAUGGCCUAGUUUUGUUGAUGAACAGUAACAUCAGCAGCCCAGUCAAUCUGGGGAACCCAGAAGAACACACCAUACUGGAGUUUGCUCGUCUCAUCAAAAGUCUUGUUGUGAGCCGGAGUCAGAUCCAAUUCCUUCCAGAGGCCCAAGACGACCCACAGAGACGAAGACCUGACAUCAGAAAAGCCAAGAUGAUGCUCGGCUGGGAGCCGGUGGUGCCGCUUGAGGAAGGUUUGAACAAAACUAUCCAGUACUUCAGCAGAGAGCUUGAGCACCAGGCCAACAACCAGUACAUCCCCAAACCUAAAGCCGCUCGCAUGAAGAAAGGAAGGCCCCGACACAACUGAGGUCGGGUUUCCCGCCACAGACUCUCCCACAACACAGAGGGAUGUUAAGACUCCUCAGAGGACCCUUGAAGAGCACCGCUCUUAAAUACACUGUUGAGUAGAGCACUCUGGGAUAUGGUGUCUUUUUUUGAGAAGCAGAGAUGAUUUUUGAGUCUCUUUAAAAAAAAAAGAUAGUGUUGCCUUGUGUUGGAGCUGCAGCUGCACUGUGGGGUAAGGGUUUCCUUGCCAGAGCUUGUGUGUUGGAUGGACAAGCCUGAAUCAAAAACUGAAAUUUAAGACGAAAAGUCUGAAACCCAGCCUACAUUUUUUGUGAAUUUGUGCUUUUGCCAUUUGAAUUGCAGACUAUGAGAAUCUCACAGAGCUUCGUGUUAAUCAGUCUCAUGGUGUUCUGUCUCCGGAGAUCCGCUACCUGAAUUUAUAUUUUCCACUGGAUGAUUUGUCCUCUUAUCAGUGGCACCCCGUUGGCUGCAGCGCACUGCAGGACUGGACAAAUAUUCUACAAAGAUUCUUACAACAUCUUUAUGUGUUUAUCAGGACUUCAUUGUGCUCUUCUUUGUGAAAUCUCAUUUCAGGAUGUGCAUUAUCAGUUUCAGGUGAAGAUGCUAUUUUAAUAAAAUAUUUCCAAUA